CUUAUCCGUAUCCAUUGCCGUAUCUGAUUCUGAUCCUGAUACGUGGCUUUAGAGCCGUAUAUGGCUCAUUUGAGACGCGCACGAGAUGAGCAGAGUCCGGAGAGAAACGCAAACCUGAGGCUCGAAGCGUAUUUCUCUUCUGCGCCUUCGCUUUUGCCUAAGCACGAUGUCUGCUACAAUGGACAUCGACGGCGCCGCCGCCAGCGCCGCCGCGGGCGGUGGGAGACAUUCGGAGAAGGAGCUCUUCAGCGCGGCGGAGUCCGGGGACGCCGCGGCCUUCUCCUCCCUCUCCCCCGCCGACCUCGCCGCCGCGCUCGCCCUCCGCGAUGAGGACGGCCGGUCCCUCCUCCACGUCGCCGCCGCCUCCGGCCACGCCCAGGUGGUGAGAGUGCUUGCCGCGAUGGGCGGCGACGCGGCGGCCAGCGUUGUGAACGGGAAGGACGAGGAGGGGUGGGCGCCGAUCCACACGGCGGCGAGCAGCGGAAAAGCUGAGAUCAUCUCCAUCCUGCUCGAUCAAGGUGCUAAUGUUGAUUUGACAACCGAUGCUGGCCGGACUGCUCUUCAUUAUGCUGCCAGUAAAGGACGGCUUAAUAUAGCAGAAACACUAAUAGCGCACAGUGCAAAUGUCAACAAGAAAGAUAAGUUUGGGUGCACACCCUUACAUAGAGCUGCCAGUACAGGAAAUGCUGAACUGUGUGAAUUCCUAAUUGAGGAGGGGGCUGAUGUUGAUGCAGUUGACAAAACAGGACAAACACCACUAAUGCAUGCUGUUAUUUCUGAGGACAAAGCGGUUGCUCUUCUGCUAGUUAGACAUGGUGCUGAUGUUGCCAUUGAGGACAAGGAAGGCUAUACCGUACUUGGUCGAGCAUCUGAUAGCUUUAGACCUGCACUAAUUGAUGCAGCCAAGGCAAUGCUUGAAGGCUGAAAAUGUUAUGCUGCACAAAGGUUAACGAAGGGGAACAAAUUUUGGUAUCGAAAACCUGUACUAAUUUUUUUUGGUUGAAUCCUGUCUUUUUUAAGUAUGAACCAUUCUGAUCUAGAAUCAGAUUUGAUCAACUGGACCAUAAUUCAUACUAGCCAAGAAUUAUUGUAGUAACUGUCAUGUCA